UCUUUGCAAAGCUAUUCCUUCUUCUUUCAUAGAAGCACAGCUUGUAGUUCAGCUUUACUUCUGCUUUACCCUACACACAAGAAACCAUGGAUGAUCUGGUUAGCAGCUCAUCUUUGAAGAGUGUCCUCAGCUGCAGUGAAGCGGAGGCUCAGCCGGAGGAGAGUUCCUGGACCGAUUACUUUGUGGAUUUCAUGAUGUCCGAGGAGGAGAAGAAGAUGCAAGGGGCCUCAUAUUGCAGUUUUGAUCAGGAGGAGGAGGAGGGCUCUAUGAUCUCCGAUGCCGCCUCCCUCGCUCCGGCGGCGUUGGCAGAUAGGUACAAGGGGCUCAAGAAGCUCAAGAAGAAAGUCUUCAAGGCCCUGGAUCAUGAUGAUUCCUUGGAGGAUACUGCAAGCUCUCCUGUCAAUAGCCCUAAGGUCAGUGCUUUGUCACAGCUGGAAUUCAGCCCUAAAAGAAGGUGCAAUGUUACGGACCUCGCCAAGGGGGCUGGGAUUGGCAACGAUUACGGGAGAGACGGAAUGGACUGUGAAGAUGCAGAUGCGGUGAUGGAAGGAGUGAGAUUUCUGGAUCAAAGCCAGAGGGGUAUAACUCCAUGUGCAGAGCUCAAGGACAAGGGGCUUUGUUUGGUUCCGUUGUCCAUGUUGCUGAACUACCAGGGCUAACUUUGAGACUUAUAAGGCCCUGUGUUUGGAAUGCACUAUUUUUUUUUCCGAAUCUUGUCGGAAUUGGAUUACUUCCUGAAAUUCCUUCAAAAUUUCCGUGAAAUUCCUGCGUUCCAAACAUGAAGUUGAACAUGUGUGUGGUUUACACUGUACAGAUAUCUAUGGGAUAAUUGACCAAAACAUACAGUGUGCUGAUGAUAAUGUGGAUAUUUUAUUUCAUGAAAUAUAUGCGGAUAUUAUUACAACUGU